ACGAGAAACAUGAUAUAUAUGUCGUAGUUAAAAUUCUCUACCAAUUAAAAUCAAUAUAAACACUAUGACUUGUGAACAUUUUCUCACCACCUUCUUUCCAUAACAUUCAGCUCUAGUGAACAAGAAAAUAUGGGGGUGAAAGGCAAGUUGAUCGGUUCAGUUGAGGUCAAAUGUGGAGGACACUUGGUUCAUGAUAUUUUUCACACUAAUACUCAUCAAAUACCCAACAUAUGCCGUGGUAAGAUCAAGCAUUUUGAGAUUCAUGAAGGUGGAACCAUAAAGGCUGGUUCGGUAGUUAGUUGGAAAUAUAAUGAUGAUGGAAAAGAUAAGAUCGCUAAGCAAGUGAUUGAAGCCGUUGAUCCUCAGAAGAAAUCAAUAACUUGGAAAGUAGUUGGAGGAGAUUUGUUAGAGCUGUACAAUUCCUUCACUACUAUUAUAUCAUGUGAUCACCAAUGGGCUACAUGGACAUUUGUGUACGAGAAGAAAACUGAAGAAACUCCAGAGCCUCUUGUUCUUUUGGGUUUUGCCCUUGAUCUGAUCAAAGAUAUAGAGGGUCAUCACCUUCUCAAGAAAUGAAAUAUCUAUGCUAUUUGGUGGAAAUAAAAACAUGCAUAUACAUAUAUAUAUAUGCAUGAUUUUAUGCAUACUUAUAUGUUUGUCUGUAUAAUUAAAUUUGGCUAUAUUGGCUAGUUCUUGCUGGCAUAUGAAAUAAAUAAUGUUGUGUAUGAAGCUAUAUUUACCUCCUACGGUUGUAUUUCUGAUACUCAAUAGAAGUAAGAUAUUCUGAACUUUGCAAA